CUACUUCCAAUACAUGUUCGGCGCUAAGGAACCCGAUCUGUUCGGGGCCGUUGAGGUCGGAACAGGUCGCAGCACGCUUUUUGUUCCGAGAUUGCCAGAGGAAUAUGCGGUCUGGAUGGGACCCUUGCAUCGGCUCGAGGACUUCAAGGACAUGUACUCCGUCGACGACGUGCGAUACACCGAUGAGAUUGCUUCCGUCUUGAAGGCCAUGUGCCCGGAGAAACUUCUCACGCUGAUCAUCGAUUGGAAAUUGAAAUUGUUGCAAUAAUUUCCCGAAUUUAAUCAAUUGGAAUUUAAUGACUUGGAA